AUGUCAUCUGUAGUAUUACGUCGUCUUGCUAUAACAUGUCGUCCGACAACAUCUAUUUAUCAUGGACGAACUUUUAGCACUAGUUCACCUCUUUUUACUGAAACGAACAGUAGUCAUAAUAGCAAUACUAAUACUACAACUCCUUCAUCUGAUGCUCCAAGAACAGUUACGUUAAUACCAGGUGAUGGUAUUGGUCCGGAAAUUUCAAAUAGUGUUCAAAAAAUAUUUGAAGCUGCAAAUGUACCAUUAGAUUGGGAAUCGGUUGAUGUAACACCUGUUAAAAGCCCUGAUGGAAAAUUUCGAAUUCCACUACGAGCUAUUGAAUCCGUUACAAAACAUCGAAUUGGUCUUAAAGGACCAUUAGCAACACCUGUUGGUAAAGGCCAUCAAUCACUUAAUCUUGCAUUACGUAAACAAUUUAAUUUAUUUGCAAAUGUUCGACCAUGUAAAACUCUUGAAGGAUUUCAAACACCAUAUACAAAUGUUGAUCUCGUUACAAUACGUGAAAAUACAGAAGGUGAAUAUUCAGGUAUUGAACAUACAAUUGUACCAGGUGUUGUACAAAGUAUUAAACUUAUAACUGAACAUGCAUCAAUGCGUGUAUGUGAAUAUGCAUUUCUUUAUGCAAAACUACAUAAACGAGAAAAAGUAACAGUUGUUCAUAAAGCAAAUAUCAUGCGUCUUUCUGAUGGUCUAUUUCUUCAAAGUGCACGUAAUGUAGCUGAAAAAUAUCCGGAAAUUAAAUUCGAAGAAAUGUAUCUUGAUACAGUUUGUUUGAAGAUGGUACAAGAUCCAACUCAAUUUGAUUGUCUUGUCAUGCCUAAUUUAUAUGGUGACAUUCUAAGUGAUCUUUGUGCUGGUCUUAUUGGUGGUUUAGGUUUAACACCAAGUGGUAAUAUUGGUGAAAAUGGAGCAGCUAUUUUCGAAGCUGUUCAUGGUACAGCUCCUGAUAUUGCAGGACAUGAUAAAGCUAAUCCAACAGCAUUACUUUUAAGUGCUGUUAUGAUGUUACGUCAUUUAAAUUUGACUGAUAAAGCAGAUCGAAUUGAAAAAGCAUGUUUUGCUACAAUCAAAGAUGGAAAGGUACUAACUGGUGAUUUAGGUGGUAAAUCGAAAUGUUCGGAAUAUACUGCAGAAAUUUGCCGACGUGUCAAAGAUUCAUCAUAA